CAAGUUUUUUGAUGUGUUAAGUUUAUUUACUUUACUAACUUUUGUAUUGUAUUUGUAAAUUUUGUUUAUUUUAUAUAAAAAUGUAAAUUGAAAUAUUCAACGUUCAGUCAAAUCUCACAAUUACAAUGGAUUUAAAACUCUCUAGUACCUCGAUAAAAAACAUCGUGAGAAAAAGUUUAACGGGUCUAGUAACUUUGAAUCAGGAUACAGCUUUAUUCGAAUUUGGAAAUGUAGUAGUACAAAAAAAUUAUUUCGAUUCUAAUAAAGUUAGAAUUAUGUCGGGGGGGCCUUAUUGCAUGGGAGACUUUGUUGGAAUAGGGAUGUUAACAGCUGCAGCACAAGGAGAUAACUUCGUGGCACCUUCUUCGAAAAUUAUUUUACGUACCCUGAGAGAACUGAGUUACAAUCACGUGAAAGGAAUCUUGGUAAUUGUUCGUGCAAGUUCUGGAAAUUUUCUCAAUUUUGGCCUGGCAACGGAAAGAGCCCUGAAUGAUAAUUUACGAGUAAAAUUACUUACUGUCAGUGAUGAUGUUUAUAACGAAAAAUUACCAAAAACCUGUUCAAGAGGUCUUAGUGGCAUUGUAUUAAUAAGCAAGAUUGCAGGAGCAAUGUCUGAACAAGAUUUGCCUCUAACUGAUAUAUUCAUGUUUUGUAAAAAAUAUUUGCCUAAUAUCAUUAGCACUGAAAUGGAUAUAGAAGAGUACAUAGAGAGUUAUGUAAAUAAAUGUAUAUGCGUCACAAAAUUAGGAGGAAGUAGUUCGUCAGGAUCCAAAAGGAUAAGAUUGAGUAUGAAUAUUACUCAGGAGGUUUGUAAGAAAGCUCUGGAUCGACUAUUGAAGAGAAUUGAUGAAGAGGAGCCAGUUGAAUGUGAAACUUCUGAAUCUUAUUCCAAGUUGGUCAUCAAAGCUGAAGAUAAUUUAGUCAUACUCUUGAAUAAUAAUGGUAUAUUGAGUAAAACCGAGGAAUUUGUAUAUGCUAAAGAAAUUAUGGAUGUUUUGAGUCGUUCGGGGAUUCAUGUACAUAGAUUUUAUAUUGGGAAUUUCCUGAAAUCUCCAGGAAAAAAUUCUUUGUCACUCACUGUUAUGAAAGUGGAAGAUCAAGACGUUCUUUCUCUCCUUGAUAGUCCUUGCACAGCACCAGGUUGGCGAUCAGUUAAUCAAGGACUGCAAGGACAGCUCUCAGUUGAUACCAAAAUAUUGAGUGGAAAUUUGAGAAGGAGGGACCGGUUGUCUCCACCAAUUCGAGGCCCAAAAUUGAGGGAUUCUUUGGCUAAUACGCUGUUGUAUUCGACACAGUUUGCAUGUGAAGCUUUGAUAUCUUGUGAAAAGCAACUCGAUCUUAUUGAUUCAGAAAAAGGUGAUGGUGAUACCGGCACAAGACUGAAGCAGGCCUGCGAAGUCCUACUGAGAAGACUGAGGCAGGAUAAGAUAAUAACAAAUUACCCUUUCACGUUCUUCGAAUCGUUGAGCAAGUUGUUGGAGUCGAAUGUGGGUGGCACCAUGGGAUGCAUAUAUAGUAUCCUCUUUGAGGCAGCAGCCAAAGUUUUCAAUGAUUUUUCAGAUACCACAGAAGUUACUCCGUUUAUAUGGCUGAAAUCGUUCGAAUCAUCGGCAGAUGCUCUCAAAAGGUAUGGUAAUAUCGAAUACGGUGAUGGAACUAUGUACGAUCCUAUUUGCGCUUGCAACAGGAGCACUCGAGCAGAGCUGGAACAGGGAAAUCACUUUAUCUAUGCAUUUGGCAAGGGAGUUUCUGCAGCCGAAGAGGCUGCUCAGGCUACCAAGAGAGAUAACUGGAAAUACCCAGACCCUGGGGCUCACGCAGUAGGAAUAUGGAUAAGGGCGGUAUAUGAAGGAGUGAAAUUGAGAUGCCCCAUCGAUUAGAAAACUGAAUUGCAAAUGACGAUUAUGUCGAGCUUAUUAAAUAUCAUAAGAGACUGAGCAUUGGUGCAAAAUAUAUAGUGCAUUAAAACUAGUAUCUUCCAUUUCUCAUUUCAACUUUGAAACAUAAUCAAAUCAUACGAAUAUAGAAUACCGAUAUUCA